AUGUCCUCGUAUUUAUGGACCUCAAAAUUUUUCAUAACAAUAAUAUUCCCCAUAAAAUACAAAGAUAGCCAACAUAACACAGAGUUAAACAGCAAAAACAAAGUACAAACCAACCAGCCGACCAUCGAACAAAUGAAGAAGAAAACUGCAAACCAGAAACAAACACACCAACAGCAACAUAAACGAUCAGAUACUGGCUAUUUUAUGGUUGGUCGCAUUGAAGCCAACCAACAAACAAGCCACAAGAAACCUCCCAAGAAGCGGCACGACACUCGAAGCCACCACAAUUUCAGCGGCAGCAGCAACAACAAUGCCGGCAAAAAGUUCAGCAACUACUCACACAACGAUGCAUUGGACACUGAAGAAACCGCUCAACUUCUCAGCAAUAACGUCAACAACGACUGCAGCAACGACAACAACAACAACGACGUUGUCGGCAAGUUUUUCAACACUAAUGACAAUGAUUUGAAGCGAUCGCCACACGCUAACAAAGGUCACCACAAGAGGCCACUCCGUGAAAAUACUGGAAAAAACCCUUCGUGCUUACAAGAGCUCAACGUUCAGUCGUUAACAAAUUUUCCAACCACUUCAAAAUUUGUGAAUAAGCAGCAGCAAAUUUACGAACGCAGAGAUAAAAAAUUUUCCAACCCGACAAAUUAUUAUUUCUUGAACCCGGCAACAUCGUCGCCAACAACAACACAGGCAGCGCAUGGCACAACACAAAAAACAUCCAUCAACGACAGCAGGUUCAAAAAAACGACAUACAACAAUAUUAAGGGUCACUCAAGGUCAUUCGAAGCAGCUGAUGAUGACGUUUUUUAG